UGAAUUCCUGCAGUAAUCAGUAAAACGUCACUACAAACGCAAUAGUUCUCUUUGUCUUUGUAAGAAACACAAGCACACAGAGAAACUAGGAGUAGUAUAUAUAGAGAAGAAGAGAAUCAUCAAAAUAUCUAGAGAAAGGUAUAUGGGAAAGGCAAAAUAUGAGCCUUUGUUCGAGACCAAGAAGGCAAAGGGCAGGAUAAUAUAUAGGCUAUUUGCCACUUCUUUGCUUUGUGGAAUCAUCUUGAUUUGGACUUACAGAUUAUAUAACAUACCAAAACCAGGCGAAAAUGGCAGAUUGGGUUGGAUUGGAAUGUUUGGUGCUGAACUAUGGUUCGGGUUUUACUGGCUCCUCACUCAAUCUCUUCGUUGGAACAGAACUCUUCGCCACACAUUUAGAGACAGGCUCUUACAAAGGUAUGAGAAUGAGUUGCCAAGAGUAGAUGUAUUUGUGUGCACAGCUGAUCCUGCGAUAGAGCCACCAAUUAUGGUGAUCAAUACAGUUUUAUCAGUCAUGUCUUACAAUUAUCCACCAGAAAAACUUAGUGUUUAUCUCUCAGAUGAUGCUGGCUCUGCGCUUACCUUUUAUGCAUUGCUAGAGGCUUCUCGCUUCUCAAAGCAUUGGCUUCCCUAUUGUAAGAAUUUCAAUAUUGAGCCAAGAUCCCCAGCUGCCUAUUUUACGUCUUUGUCUGCAUCUGCUCAAUCUGAUGCACAUUUUUCCGAAAUAAAGAGAUUAUAUGACGACAUGGCAAACAGAAUUGAAGUUGUAUGCAGAGCUGGAGUAAUUCCAGAUAAAGAAAAAUUAGAGCAUACAGGAUUUUCCAAAUGGGAUUCAUAUUCAUCCAAGGGAAACCAUGCUUCCAUCUUGCAGAUACUAAGUGACAGCAGAGAUGAAGAGACAAAGGACGUUGACGGAGUAAUACUGCCAACUUUGGUCUACUUGGCUCGGGAGAAGCGUCCCCAGCACUUCCAUAAUUUCAAAGCUGGGGCGAUGAAUGCAUUGAUCAGGGUGUCCUCAGAGAUCAGCAAUGGGCCAAUAAUUCUAAAUGUAGAUUGUGAUAUGUACUCAAACAACUCAAACUCAAUUCAAGAUACUCUUUGCUUCUUUAUGGAUGAAGAAAAAAGUCAUGAAAUUGCAUUUGUGCAGUUUCCACAAUCUUUCGAAAAUACCACUAAAAAUGAACUUUAUGGUUCUCUAAGAGUAAUCGAUGGGGUGGAAUUCCAUGGUAUGGAUGGUAAUGGAGGCCCUCUGUAUACUGGAACUGGCUGCUUUCAUAGGAGAGACACCCUUUGUGGUAGAGAGUUUAGCAAGGAUGCUCAGAUUGAUUUGAAGAGUGCACGUCCUGGAAAAAUGGAAGAAAAUGUGCACGAGUUGGAAGAAAGACUAGAAAUAUUAGCAAGUUGCACGUAUGAGGAAAAUACUCAAUGGGGAAACGAGAUUGGUUUGAAGUACGGGUGCCCAGUUGAAGAUGUAUUGACCGGGUUGACAAUUCAGUGCAAAGGUUGGAAAUCUGUUUAUUAUAAACCAGAAAGGAAGGGAUUUUUAGGGGUUACUGCAACUACUUUGGAUCAGACAUUAGUGCAGCAUAAGAGAUGGUCCGAGGGCGAUCUAAUGAUUCUGUUUUCAAAGUACAGCCCAGCUUGGUAUGGACUCGGAAAGCUCAAUCCUGGCCUUCUGUUGGGGUAUCUCACUUACUGCCUCUGGUCUCCUAAUUGUGUUGCGACACUCUACUACUCCAUCGUCCCUUCCCUUUAUCUACUCAAAGGAAUUUCCUUGUUUCCAUAGGUUUCCAGCAAAUGGUUUUUGCCAUUUGCUUAUGUGAUAAUCGCGGAACUAAUAUGCAGUUCUGCUGAAUUUCUGUGGAGUGGUGGAACGAUUUUGGGAUGGUGGAAUGAACUAAGAAUGUGGCUUUAUAAGAGAACAAGCUCUUACAUAUUUGCCUUUCUUGAUGUCAUGUUGAAGUUAUUUGGUUCUUCUAAUUCAACAUUCAUUGUCACUCCAAAAGUCUCUGAUGAGGAUGUUUUGUUGAGAUACAAGCAAGAAAAAAUGGAAUUUGGAAAUGCUUCACCUAUGCUUACCAUUUUGUCAACAUUGGCAAUGCUCAAUCUUUUAUGCCUUGUGGGAUUAGUGAAAGAAGUGAUCAUAACCAGAGAAGUGGGAUUGAAAUAUGCAUUUGAUACUAUGGCUUUGCAAAUUUUGUUGUGUGGGUUUCUGGUAUUGAUUAACUUGCCUUUAUACAAUGGUCUCUUCUUUAGGCAAGACAAGGGCAAAAUUCCUAGCUCCACUCUAGUUCAGUCAGUUAUUUUUGCACUUUCAUGUGUUGCAUAUGUGUAUUACUAGUACAGUACCUUUUGGAUCUUUGUAGCAACAAUAUUCUCUAAUUAUGGAAUCAUGAGAUAAAAUGUUCCCGUUUUAUUUAGCAGAAAAGAAGGAAAAACAAAUGAGAAAAGAAACAAAACAAAAAACAAAAGGAUUGGAUGUUUUGUCAUUUAUAUGCCAGGCAAGAUGUUUUUUGUUC